AUGUCCACUUCAGGAUCAACUCUAAGCAUGACCGAGCGCCUGCGCGCAAAGUGCAACGAGGCGCUGAAGGAAGAGCGCAAGACAGAGCUUCAGCUACACGCUGCCCAUACAAGGAUCAAGAAGCUGCGACGCCACUGCAAAGUUCUCGAUGCGAAGUCGGCUACCGGUGCAACUGGAACGGCCGAUGCGUUCCUAGCCCUCGCAAGGAGCGACUGCUUAGAACUCUGCACCAACAUCUACACGACAUUCCCUCGCGAGGUCCGAGACACGAUCUACGGCUACAUCACCAGUUGCGAAAACGUCAUCAUUGACUGUGUAUGCUACGGUGUCAUCUGUUUUUCCGAACAUUGCUCCAAGGAGCUAUGUUUUGAUCCUUCCGAAGAUACGACCGACCAUUGGUGGAAGCCCGAACAUGUGGGCGCAGCGAUGGUCCGCGAGCUUGGUGAGAACUUCUACCGCUCUUCUUGCUUCGUGGUUCAGGGUGACAUUGCAGCACUUGGUCCAUUCCGAGCCACAGAUCAAUGGAACUUAGGCUUCCCGCCAGUGGAUUUCGUCUCUAAGAUAGAGGUCAAGAUCAACUGCCAGGACUACAAGUUCAAGCUUGUCGACCGCACGCAUAUCGAUCCUGCUGCUGAUCAACAUCUUUCUCGGAAAAAGGCUAGGAUGCUUAACGAGAAGAACAUGCGCAUCAAUGCCACGCAGAAAUCUCUUCUCGUCGACCUAGAGUCGCUGUUUGGCUUCAGAGCUGGCACCAAGAUCACCAUCAAACUGGUAUCCGAACAUCCCAAAAAAUACUCCGCGCUUGAACAACAGGAAUGGAUGUCGCACAACGUAGUUCCGGUCAUCUUACCCGUCCUCACUCGACUUAAAGCCACAGGCUGUCGGGUUCGCAUACUUCUAUCGGUCGAGAUUUGCUGGCGCACCGAUACAUUUGCUACGACAUGGGAUCAGACCUGUCUUGAGGCUAUCGCAAAGGAGUUUUGGGAGCAUGUCGGAGUUGAACAGAAGCGCAUUACACAAGCUGAGCUUGAUGCUGAACCCCUCGAUGACUCCGAUGAUGGCACGGUUCCUGCAGGCGCUUGGAGUGUCGUUCCUACAUCGACUGCGUGGGAUAAUGCGGACGAUAUGCAAGCCUAG